AAUUCCAGUUGAUAUGAUGCUUAGAUAAGUGAUAUAUUUAAAUAAAUGAUAUCGAUAUAUUGUAUCAGUUUAAUUUUUUCAUUUGGUCAAAUUUAUUCCAAGAUUAAAGAUUCUAAAACGCAUUUUAGCCAUGAAGGGGUACGUUUUACCUCUACUAGUAAUCUCAGUAACGAAUCUACUGGGCGUUCGAGGAUUUAAUUUAAGCAACUAUAGACUUCCAACGAAUACUUACCCUGUUGAAUAUUACCUAACAUUGGAUUUAACCAAACCUGAAUUGGAUACUUAUCAUGCUCAGAGUUGGAUUGUUAUGAAUGUUACAGAAGAAGAUACGUACGACUUCACAUUUAGUGUGAAUCCAGAAUACGUCAAUCUUACCAGCUUGGAACUAGAGGCAUACACGGUUACUUUUAUUUGCCAUUUAGCAGAAUCCAAUAACGUUACUCAACUUAUGGGUGUGAGUUGUAUGUAUGAUAUGUUUGAAAAUGACACCACUUCAAUAGUAAUGAACUACCGAGCAAACUACUCCACAGAUGAACCACGCGGGUUAAUCAAGAAAAAUUUUACUAUCAAUGAUACAGACAAUUGGGUAAUCUACACUCAAUUUGAACCGACUAGUUUCAGAAAAGUAUUUCCCUCAUUCGACGAACCUUCAUUUAAAGCACCAAUGAGGCUUUUUGUUGAACAUCACCUGAAUUUGACGGUUAUUAGUAACAUGGAAGCUCUGGAUACAUUUCAAACGAACCAUUUUUUGCAAAGUACCAGUUUUAAGGACACGCCUAAAAUGUCUACAUAUUUACUAGCCGUAGUCGCUGGACCAAAUGAUACUUGGAGCGAAUACUAUAGCCCACAAAAUGAAAAUCAUAGUUUUUCGAUAUUUGCUCAGAAGAUUUUUGAGGAAAAUCUUUCUGUUGCCAUGGAAAAUGGUCCGAAGCUACUGGAUCUAAUAGGCACCUGGACUGGAUUGCCAUAUGAAUCUUUAGGUAAUCCUAAAAUGACCUUUGCAGCCUUGCCUGGACCCGGAGGUGCCAUGGAAAACUGGGGGUUGGUGGUCUUUGCAGAACAAAUAAUAAUAGACGAAGGCUCUAAAACAACAGAAAAGACUCUAGAAUCCUCACUAAAAAUCAUGGCCCAUGAGCUGUCUCACCAAUGGUUUGGUGAUUACGUUACCCUAAACUGGUGGUCGGAAUUAUGGCUUAAUGAAGGUUUCGCCACGUAUUUCCAAUAUUAUUUUGGUCACUUGCUAUCAGAAGACUUAGGUCUUGAUAAAACAUUCGUAAUUGAAAAUUUACAAACUGCUCUUGAAGCAGAUGGUGCUGAUACAAUACCUUUAUCUAAUGAUGAUGCAAAUGUUAAUAGUGAACAGGAAGCUACUGAUGGUCUAAACAAGUAUUCUAAAAUAACUUAUGCUAAAGGUGCAUCAAUUUUAAGAAUGAUCCGGUAUACAUUGGGAGAUGACGUGUUUCAGAAAGCUAUUCAAAACUAUUUGCAAGAACAUGCCUUAGGUAAUGUCAGGGCAUCAGAUUUUAUUCAGCAGCUACAGAGUGCGCUCAGUACAGAUACUCAACAACCUGAUCUCUCGACAUACUUACAUGCCUGGAUAUAUCAGCCAGGCUAUCCAGUUUUAAAAACUAGUUUUUCUAGUGACGAAUCCGAAAAUGUUACUAUCACCAUAAAUGCGUAUAAGUUUAAUACAACAGAAGAGUCAAUAUGGUAUAUACCAUUUACUUAUGUUUCAUCAGACAAUCCAGAAAAAGUAGAAACAGUUUGGAUAGAACCUGGAAAAUCGUUUAAUUAUACCUUAACCAGUUCCGCUAACUCAUGGUCUGUUAUUAAUCCUGACGCUAGAGGUUUUUAUAGGGUGGAAUAUGAUUCAGAAUCAGUAUCAAGAAUAAUCAAUGUUCUAAAUAACUCUUUGACUUAUGCAAAUAUUUCGGUUUUGAGCAGGGCUCAGAUUUUGGAUGAUAUAUUUGCAUUCGCAAUUGUAAAUAAUGGGACAUAUGAAACUGCCCUUUCAGUAGGCUCUUAUCUUCGAUAUGAAACGGAUUAUCAUCCUUGGUACGUGUUUUUGAAUGAAAUAGAGCUGCUUUUGGAUACUGUUCAAGAUACUGAUCAAAUAGAAUACAUUAAGACUGAAGUGCUCGCUUUAGUUGAAUCCCAGUUAGUAAUUCCACAAGGCCAGAGCUCGAAAAAUUUAAGUCACACUGAAAUUUUAAAGCGCAACUUGCUUUUACACUGGGCAUGUAAAUUAAAUCAAAGUGACGCAAUCGAAUAUGUAAAGGGCCAAUAUUCGAGCUUUAAAAACAAUACCGAUAGCAUUGAUACCGAUUUCCGUGACGUAAUUAUUUGCCAUGGUAUUGUAAACAGCGAUAAUUCAACAGAGGAGAUGAAUGAGAUGGUAGAAUUAUUCCAAGCUACUGUAAACCCACAAAAGAAGUAUGAUGUGGUAAAAGGAUUGACUUGCGCAGAAAAUGGACACCUAUUUGCUAGUUAUUUAAAAUCAGCCUCAGCAGAGAAUCUUCCAAUAGGAAAACAGUUUUGGGCUGAUACCGUGCAUGCAUUAAAAGAAAGGUGCGCCAAGGACUCACUGUCAUCUCUAUCUUGCUUAGAUUUGUAUAAACUGUAGAUAAACUUGUAAUUAAAUUAAAAUAAAUGUAAUUGAGUUUUA